ACCACGGCAGGGAUGCAUCACCGCGCUGGACUAUAAGAAGUGUGAGAGUCGUACAGGACGGCACCAUCCGGUCCAACUUCUCCUGCGGUACAGGUCUUCUCCCAUCAGCAGCCAUGAAAUUCACACUCAUCGCAGCCGUUGUCGUGCUCGCUCUGGCACAAGGAAGCUUUGCCCAAGAUGCUGCCGAUCUGGAAAAGCUCGGUCAGUUCUUCGAGGACUUGAAGAACAAAAUCACUCUGGAGGUGACGGAGCUGAUCCAGAGCCAGGACCUGGCCAACCAGGCUCAGACCUACAUGGAGGACAGGAAGACCCAACUGGAGCCUCUGGCCGCCCAGGUCCAGGAACAGCUGAGGACUGCUGCCGCCAAGAUGGAGGAGCAUGUGAAACCCCUGACCGACAACAUGCAGCCCAUGGUGGAGAAACUCCAGAAGCAGUUGGAGGCCCUCUUCCAGGGGCUGACCGACCAGGCCCGCGCCAUCGGCAACUAAACCAGCCAGUCCUUCCAAAAAGGAUGCAGACGUGCCACCACACCACCAUCUUCUCUGUCGUGGACUGAGUUAGUGGAGCUAGUUGCAUUAACGGCUGACCUGAAGGUGCCACAGCCUAAAAUGUGUUUCUGUGCUUGUUAACGUUGAUAUUUAUUGUCUCUGUCUCAAAGCACAAUAAAAAAAAACUUGGAACACAA